UAUCAGUUGCAGAUUUUUCACAGACAAGGUUACAUUUCCGACAAUGUUUAACGGUGUACAUAGCUGUGAAUUGUUGGCUCAUUGAGUGUUUUGGACAGUUUUUACUUUUCCGCACUGGACAGUAUAAGUUCUAGAAGCUCAGGACGCCUUUUUAUGUCAGGAUGGGAGACAAAGGAUUUUCAGCGCUUCGUCCGGUUCUCUGCUUCGCUUCCUUUAUUGUAACGCUGCACCUCGUUAAUGGAGAUCUGAGUUAUUCUAUUCCAGAAGAGAUGAAACGCGACUCUGUUAUUGGAAAUAUAGCCAAGGAUCUCGGCCUGGAUCUGAGGACCUUAUCUUCACGAAAGGUCCGUGUUGAUUUUGAGGGAACUCGUAAGCGGUACUGUGAUAUCAAUCUGAGUACCGGAGAUUUGAUCACAUCAGAGAGAAUUGACAGAGAAAGCCUUUGUGGAAAGAAACCGUCGUGUGUUGUGAAAGUAGAUGUGGUGUUGGAAAAUCCUCUGGAGCUUCAUCGACUAAGUCUUCAUAUUCAAGAUGUAAACGACAACUCUCCGAAAUUCCGAGAAAAUCUGAUUGAAAUGGAAAUAAGAGAGUCAGCUGACAAGGGUAACCGCUUCUCUAUCGAGGAGGCCCAUGACGCAGACAUAGGUCAAAAUGCUGUUCAAAGGUACAACCUUCAAAAGAAUGACAACUUCAUUCUCGCUGUUGACAGCAACAAGGUUGAACUCGUGUUAGAGAAUACACUUGAUCGAGAGAAACAAAGAGAGUUGAAUUUGCUUCUCACAGCUUUAGAUGGUGGCUCUCCUCAGAGAUCAGGUACUGUAGUCAUACACGUCACUGUGUUAGAUGCUAAUGAUAACGCCCCAGUGUUCAACCAGGCCGUUUAUAAAACCAGUCUGCCUGAAAACUCUCCUUCAGAUACCAUAGUGAUUAGUGUUAGUGCUACAGACGCAGAUGAAGGAGUGAAUGGAGAUGUGACAUAUCAAUUCGGCCAUGUAUCUGAUGAAGAUAUAAAUGUAUUUUCUAUUGAUCCUAAAACCGGAGAAAUUAGAGUAACUGGUGUGAUUGACUUUGAAGAAAUGAGUUCUUUUGAAAUGAGAGUGCAAGCUAAAGAUGGUUUAGGGCUAACCUCUUACGCCAAAGUUAUAAUAGAUGUUACUGAUAUAAAUGACAACGCCCCGGUGAUAUAUUUAAAAUCACUCUCUGACCCCAUACCUGAGAACGCGUCACCUGGUACAGAGGUGGGCAUCAUUAACGUGCAGGACAGAGACUCUGAGAGUAACGGACAGGUCCGCUGCUCCAUUCAGCAAAACGCCCCCUUUAAGUUGGUUCCUUCUAUUAAAAACUAUUAUUCUCUGGUGACCACAGGACAACUGGACCGUGAACUAGUGUCUGAUUACAACAUUACAAUCACCGCCACUGACGAGGGCUCUCCACCUCUGUCCUCCUCUAAAACUGUUCAGUUAUCUGUAGCAGACAUCAACGACAACCCACCGGUGUUUGAGGAACAGUCCUACAGCGCAUAUGUGACUGAAAAUAACAAACCUGGCUCCACUUUAUGUUCCGUUAGUGCUCGAGACCCCGACUGGAGACAAAACGGUACAGUGAUUUAUUCUCUGUUACCCGGUGAGGUGAACGGUGCCCCGGUGUCCUCCUAUCUGUCUGUUAACGGAGACACGGGGGUGAUCCACGCUAUAGUCAAAUCCACUGAUCCGGGACUUUUCACUAUCGGUGUCCACAGCGGAGAGAUCAGGACCCAGCGGGACAUUUCUGAGUCUGACAGCAUGAAACAGAACCUUAUUGUGGCAGUGAAAGAUAACGGACAGCCCUCUCUCUCUGCCACCUGCUCCAUGUAUUUACUUAUUUCUGAUAACUUGGCUGAGGUGCCAGAACUGAAGGACAUUUCUUAUGAUGAGAAGAACUCCAAGCUGACGUCAUACCUGAUCAUCGCGCUGGUGUCUGUGUCCACCUUUUUCCUGACCUUCAUUAUCAUCAUCCUGGGUGUGAGGUUUUGUCGCAGGAGAAAGCCCAGACUGUUGUUUGAUGGAGCAGUCGCCAUCCCCAGCGCUUAUCUCCCUCCUAAUUACGCAGAUGUUGACGGCACAGGAACUUUACGCAGCACUUACAAUUAUGACGCCUACCUGACAACGGGUUCUAGGACCAGUGACUUUAAGUUCGUUUCAUCUUACAAUGACAACACACUGCCUGCUGACCAGACUCUGAGGAAAAGUCCGACUGACUUUGCUGAUCCCUUCGAAGAUUUAGAGGAGUCUGUAGAGGUAGGAACCGUUACAUUUUUAUUCUACAAGCUCCCAGUUCCUUUGAACGUACCAGAAAAUUCACCUAGUGCCUUUCCAGGAUUUGCGGCACAUCUAAGAUCGCCUUCAAGGGCUUUUGUCCAGAUCUGCGGCGUCCUAAUCCUUAUAUUACCUUUUUCCUUAGCCUUAUUAGUUUUAUUCAAACCGAAUGACCCUGGCCAGGGUUACACUCUCUUUUUCCCUUAAUCCAAUUUGACUAUUCCUUAAAGCCUAGUUUCACGCGACAGUAGUUUCCAUCCCACAUGACUUGCGUUUAUAAGAAUCUGAGGACCCAUAUUCCUAGUUUUUGCAAAGUUAUGAAAGCUCACUUUUCCGUUACUCGUAGGGUAUUCCUUUUUCUUCCUUUUAUAUGUAUCUGUCUUUCUUCAUUAUAUUCACACACACCCCUUAUUGCGUUGUCCACAACGCAAACAAAAUUUAGAACGGAGUCUUAUCACGCAUCCAACCGCAAUCAUUCACACGGGAUCGAACCGGUGUACCCGUUAACGCACACACAGACACACGAACUGACCAGCGCCCACAGUUUAUGAGAAAACUCACCAUAUACGCCAGCGUCUGGAGCGGGAGUCAGCUCGACGGAGCCCGUGAUGGAACGAUGAAUUUAUGCACAACACGGUCCCAUCUGGGGUGCCGAUUUCUGUGGUGUCCGAACAAUAAUGCUGUGAUGAAAUGUUGAGAAGAAGCCCCACUUGACACUGUUCUUGAUCAUAAAAGUUUAUUAAAUCAAA